GAUACACCAAAAAUCAUACAACCAAAAUGGAGGGGAAAAUCAUAUACAUGGUGGCGGUGCUGCUAUCUUUACUGGCUUGUGCCACAGCCCAACAGUGCGGCCGCCAGGCCGGUGGCCGGACUUGUGCCAACAACCUCUGCUGCAGUCAGUAUGGCUACUGCGGAACAACGGCUGAGUACUGUUCUCCAUCCCAAAGCUGUCAAAGUAACUGCCAAUCCGGCGGAGGUAGCAGUGGUGGCGGCGGCACAGGUGCUAGUGCAAGUAACGUGAGGGCUACUUACCAUUACUACAAUCCGGCGCAACAUGGAUGGGAUUUGAAUGCAGUGAGCGCCUACUGCGCCACUUGGGAUGCCAACAAGUCCUUGGCAUGGCGCAGCAAGUAUGGGUGGACUGCUUUUUGUGGACCUGCUGGCCCUACUGGCCAAGCUGCCUGUGGCAAGUGCUUGAAGGUCACAAAUACUGCCACGGGGACACAAGCAACAGUGAGAAUUGUGGAUCAAUGCAGCAAUGGAGGACUGGAUUUGGAUGUCGCAGUAUUCAACCAACUGGACACUAAUGGGGUUGGCUAUGCCCAAGGUCACCUUACAGUCAACUACCAGUUCGUGGACUGUGGUGAUUAAAUCACUACUCUUAUUAUUAGUAAGAGAUCUUUUCACCAAGAGAAAUAAACAUGAAGCGAAUAGCUUUGUGGAAUAUUUAAUAAAAUGAUGUCAAGUCUAAGCUUGACUUCAGCCUAAAUUUGCAAGAGACGUUGAAAAAUUA